GUCCUCGCCAUUUCGACAACAAAACAACCAAAACCUCUGUCUAUUUUUCUGCUCAAUCCCUCUCUCUCUCUCUCUCUCUCUCUGAAGCUCUAUGUUCUGUUGGGGAGAGAAGAAGAAGAAGAGUCAAGAAGGUAUGGGGAGGAGGAGGAGCUCUCCUGUAAGCGUGUUAUUCAGAUGGGUUCGAAGCCAGUCGAUGAAGGUGAAGAUUUUCCUGGCUGUGGUAUCUAUGAUCUGUUCUUUGGUCGCUCUGAAACUUUUCGUUAAGGAUCACAACCACUUCUUCGUCGCUUCUGAAGCGAUUCAUUGGGCGGGGAUCAUGGUCUUGAUAUACAAGCUCACUACACAGAAGAGCUGUUCUGGACUAUCCUUGAAAACACAGGAGAUAACUGCAAUAUUCCUAGCUGUAAGAGUGUAUUGCAGUUUUGUCAUGGAAGGUGAUAUUCAUACUGUGCUUGAUGUUGCAACAUGUAUCUCAACUCUUUGGGUUAUUUACAUGAUACGGUUCAAAUUGAAGUCCACCUAUGUCAAGGAAUUUGACAACUUUCCAAUAUAUUAUUUGGCGGUUCCUUCUGCUAUCCUUGCACUAAUUGUAAAACCUUAUACAAAACAUUUGAUUAUCAACAGAGUGCUUUGGGCAUUUUGUGUUUACAUGGAAUCUGUGUCAGUUCUGCCUCAACUUCGUCUUAUGCAGAAUGCAAAGAUGGUUGAACCGUUUACUGCCCAUUAUGUAUUCGCAUUGGGAGUUGCAAGAUUUUUGGGCUGCGCUCAUUGGAUCCUUCGGGUUAUUGAAACUCGUGGAUCAUAUCUAUUCUUCCUCGGAACUGGGUACCUGUGGUUACCAAUUGUUUUCCUUUCAGAAAUUAUUCAGACCUUCAUUUUGGCUGACUUCUGUUACUACUAUGUCAAGAGUGUCAUGGAAGGCCAGCUCAUCAUAAGGUUGCCCUUACCUGUCUAAAGAUCAUCCCCAUAAACCAUUGGUAGCAAUUAAUGUUCAUUGAUAUUCGCUGCCAGAGCCUAAUUUAAAAACCCAGUGCCAUCAAGAGUUUCAUUUUUUCCUUCAGUUUGGUUUUCUUGCCACUCUUAGUUGAAAAUGAUGGAUCAACAAUUUUCUGGAAUUUUAUUGGAACUGAAAAGCUUUGAGAAGUAUAGUUUGUGAUGG